GAAGAUUUCCCGCUCUUUUUGUUUGUGCCCAUGACGUUAACUUCAUUUACCGCGGCAAGUUGCAUUUUACAGUAAAGAUUAAUAAGUUUAGACAUUAAUAAACAGUGCCUUAUCCUAUAAUAAUCAUUAAAAAUGGGUAUGCUAAACGCUCUUCUUGCGGAACACGAUGAAUAUCAGUAUUUGAAACUGAUACAAAAAAUAAUUGACACAGGUGACAAAAGAGUUGACAGGACUGGCGUUGGAACCUUAUCUAUUUUCGGGGCUAUGCAAAGGUAUUCCCUCAAGAAUAAAACCCUGCCUUUACUGACUACUAAACGAGUAUUUACCAGAGGUGUUAUUGAAGAGUUACUCUGGAUGAUAUCUGGCUCAACUGAUGCUAAAGUACUUUCUUCCAAGGGUGUCCACAUCUGGGAUCCUAAUGGAUCUCGACAGUUUCUAGACAACUUGGGAUUUACUGACAGAGAAGAAGGGGAUCUGGGCCCAGUUUACGGUUUCCAAUGGAGACAUAGUGGUGCUGACUAUGUUGAUUGUAAAACUGAUUACAAAGGCCAAGGAGUUGACCAAUUGAAGAAUGUUAUUGAGACAAUCAAGAAUCGCCCUGCAGAUAGAAGAAUGCUGAUAUGUGCAUGGAACCCAUCAGAUCUGAGUAAAAUGGCUUUGCCUCCAUGUCAUUGCCUUGCUCAGUUCCAUGUAUCAGAUGGUAAAUUAUCUUGUCUGCUGUACCAAAGGAGCGCAGAUAUGGGUCUGGGAGUUCCUUUCAAUAUUGCCAGCUACUCUUUACUCACACACAUGAUUGCACAUAUCACAGGAUUGGAGGCUGGUGAGUUUAUUCAUACAACAGGAGACACCCAUGUAUACUUAAACCAUAUAGAACCGUUGAAGGUACAGUUACAAAGAACACCCACAGCUUUCCCCACAUUGGAGUUUGCUCGGGAAAUCAAGUCCAUUGAUGAUUUCAAAUAUGAAGACUUCAUCAUCAAGGGAUACAAGCCACAGCCUAAAAUAGAUAUGGAAAUGGCUGUUUAGAAUUUUUUUCGAGAUAAUUAGUAAUGCAUUUGUUCUUAGUUAUAUAGGUAUAAAUGUCUUACUACACACAAGAAACUAUUUUUUUAAGAAGCCUUCCUCUGAAUUUAGAAGUAUUAUUUCCAUGAUAAGAUAAAAUACAAAAUCAGUAUUGCUAUUUGCUUAUGGCAAUAAUUGGUUUAUUCCGUAAUUAUAUUUUUUUAGUUAUGUGUAAGGAAGUAGUAUAUGAAAAUGUAUUUGUAUAAUUAUGUAUUUCAUGAUUAUUGCUUGUCAGUUACCUUAUUGUUUUGCUGGAAUGGACUUUGAUGUCAAGCCAAAUUGGUAAGUUACAAAUGAAUUCUUUCAUUAAAUAUACCUGUAAAUAAUUAUAAUAAGAAUUGUAAAUGAAGAUUAAAAUCAACCAAAUAA